AAGUUUAAUUUUAGUCUAUAAUACAGUCACCUACAGAAGGCUGCGAUUGGGUUCAGGGGCGGCCAAUGACCUUUCUUGGUGCCCUGGGCGGAGAAGUUAGCUUAGCCAAUAAGGAAGCAAGCUUUGGUGGAGCGCUCUCUCUCUCUCUCUCUCUCUCUCUCAGCUCGCCCGGGCCCUGGUGCUCCGUGGCCGAGAAAAGAACCUCAAUUGCAGAGCGGGAGGUGAGUGGCUGAGGCCUAGCUAGGCGGGAUGAAGUCGGCGAUUGCCUGGCAUCGCCGCUCCGCCCUGAUGUACACUAUAGGCGCCUGGACCGUUUUCGGAUUCUUCUUUUUCCGAUCCUCUCGCUUGUGGGGAAAGAAGCAGGAGGACGAGGAGGAGCAACCAAAGCUGCGCAGUGUCCAAGAAGAGUAUUCCACAACCACUUCAGAAGACAGACUGAGAGAGACUACUACAUAUUGGAAGCCAGGAAACACCUUUUAUGUCACCACAACAACAACUUAUAAAACAAACUUUGUGCCAUUCACGACUCGCUUACAUAAUUAUGUGCAAUCAUUUUUUGAUGAUGAUGAUGAUGAUGCUGAUGCUGGGAAAGAAAAGUAAAUAUCUCUAGGAACAGGAACUUCAAAAAUCUUUAAAGGCCAAUAUCAAGAUGCCUUGUUUGAACCUGUUGUCUGUAUUGAAGAAUGGGAUUCUCUGUAUUUCAUUACACAAGUUCCAUAGCUGAAAUACCAUGAAAGUUUUAUUAACUGUCAGCAAUCUGCUUAAAAAUCAGUGACUUGCCUGUACUGUUUCACUGCGAAUUUGUUGUGGGUUAUUAAAACUUUGUCUUGGCUUA